AUGCUCUCUGGAAUUCUCAUCUUCAACCAGAAGGGUGAGAACCUCAUCUUUCGCGCCUUCCGCAACGACUGCCGCCCGCGACUUGCCGAUGUCUUCCGCAUUCAGGUCAUCUCCAACGCCCAAGUACGCUCGCCCAUCCUCACCCUUGGCUCCACCACCUUUAGCCAUGUCAAACACGAGAACAUAUACCUGGUCGCCGUGACCAAGAGCAAUGCCAAUGCGGCGCUCGUCUUUGAGUUCCUGUACCGUUUGGUGGGAUUGGGAAAGGCUUACUUCGGCAAGUUCGACGAGGAGGCCGUCAAGAACAACUUCGUACUGGUUUAUGAGCUGCUGGACGAGAUUCUGGACUUUGGAUAUCCACAGAAUACAGAGACAGACACGUUGAAGAUGUACAUCACGACUGAAGGUGUCAAGUCGGAAAGGGCAAUGGAGGACUCCUCGAAGAUCACAAUGCAAGCAACUGGUGCCCUUUCCUGGCGGCGGGCCGAUAUCAAGUACCGCAAGAACGAAGCCUUCGUCGAUGUCAUCGAGGACGUCAACCUGCUCAUGUCCGCGACGGGGACAGUACUGCGAGCCGACGUGAACGGACAGAUCAUAAUGCGCGCAUAUCUCUCGGGCACACCCGAGUGCAAGUUCGGUCUCAACGACCGACUAACGCUGGGCGAAGACCAUCUACAACAACCGUCUGGAAACAAGGCAGGCGCGAAGGCUACAAGGGCGGCAGCGGGAAGUGUGACGCUGGAAGACUGCCAAUUCCACCAAUGCGUGAAGCUGGGCAAGUUCGAUGCGGACAGGAUAAUAUCCUUCGUUCCGCCCGACGGCGAGUUCGAGCUGAUGCGCUACCGAGCAACGGAGAACGUAAACUUGCCUUUUAAGGUGCACGCCAUUGUCAACGAGGUUGGCAAGACCAAGGUCGAAUACAGCAUUGCUAUUCGCGCCAACUAUGGCUCCAAGCUUUUCGCGACAAACGUUGUCGUGCGGAUACCAACACCCCUCAACACGGCGCGCAUCACCGAGCGGACAUCACAAGGCAAAGCCAAGUACGAGCCGGAGCACAACAACAUCGUCUGGAAGAUACCGAGAUUCACAGGGCAAAGCGAGUUUGUGCUGAGUGCCGAGGCCAGCCUGACCAGCAUGACCAACCAGAAGGCGUGGUCCCGACCACCGCUCAAUCUGAGCUUCUCGUUGUUGAUGUUCACGAGUUCGGGGCUACUUGUGCGAUACCUGAAGGUGUUUGAGAAGAGCAACUACAGCAGUGUAAAGUGGGUGCGCUACAUGACGAGAGCGGUCCCGUCAAUCAAGCAGCUCGUAUUGAUUGAUGCGAUACUCGAAUAA